AUGUCUUCCGUGAACGCCGAGUUUCUCGAUGACAUCAAGGCGACCUUUGAGCGUUUUGACGUGGAAAAGGCCGGCAAGCUGGAGACGAAGCAGCUGAAGUUUGCCAUGCGAUCACUCGGCUUUGAGCCGAAGAAGGAGGAGAUCAAGCGCAUCAGCGAGGAAUACGACAAGGACGGCUACAUCUCAUCGGCGGACUUUAUCAGCCUGAUGACUAAGCGAAUGACGGAGAAGACGGUUAAUGAGGAGAUUAUGAAGGCGUUCCAGCUCUUUGACGACAGCCACCGCGGAAAGAUCACCUUUGAUGACCUCAAACGAGUGUCCACUGAGCUCGGCGAGAAGAUAUCCGACGACGAGCUGCUGGAGAUGAUCGAAGAGGCUGACGUCGAUGGCGACCAUGCAGUCAACUGUCAGGAGUUCCUGCGUAUCAUGAAGAAGACUAGUCUCUACUAA